AUGAGCCAUUUUCUUUCUCCGACCCUUUCCGAUGAAACCAUCGAUGAUUCUCAAUAUUCUCGCCAGAGCAUUGCUCUCGCAACAUUCUUCACGAGGUCAAUAAUUACUCCUCGGCGAUUACAGACCAUCACAGGAUUUCUCGAAGAGCUGCCGCAAUUAUAUCUGCGAAAUACUGGCUCGGACUCUCCACUGCAACAGAUCAUCGCCGCAUGCGCCUCCGCUGCGUAUGGCAUUCGAAAUUGCUGUGCAAUUGCCCUAGAUGACGCGCGCGCUGCAUAUGACGCAGCUAUUCCACGGCUGUUGCAUGAUAUUUCCUUGUUUCCCUCUUCAUCAGCCUUUGAAAGCACAGUAACCAGCGUCUUUCUCUGUCUCUUCUAUGAGUUCAUCAUGUGUCUCGAAGAAAAUCGCCCGUUCACCAAUUUGCACGAGAAGGGUCUGAUCAGUCUCGUGCGGGCAUCCCAGAAACGACAGUACGUUUCUGACUCUGCGGAAGGCCGCCUUCUGGAGGCGGCUCGAAACCAUAUUGCCAAUCACUGUCUUGAAACAGGGCUUUCGGCGUCGGAUACGCUGGGAGACGAGAUAUCACUGUUACCGCUGGCUGGCUGUGAUUUUCCUCGCUUAUUGACACAUUACAUCAUUCGUACUGCGGAUUUUGCUUUUACUUCUAGAGAAUCACUUUCGCAGUCAACGAAGAGUGACCUACUGCGGGCUCUGCAUCAUGCACAGGGCCUUGAUAGCGAUCUGAAGCGGUGGACGGAUUGCACUCCGGUACACUGGAUAUUCUCAAGGAAAAAAGAUAAUUCCUGGGUGUAUGAGUACGCCUACGAUGGUAGGUGCGAUGUGUAUUAUGACCUACAAGUGGCUUCUGCCUGGAACACCUAUCGUCGGACACGCCUUGUCUUAUUGGAAUGCAUCAUUCGCAUUGUUCGCUCGCUACGUAAACUUGGCGAAGACGAUUGCGGGGCGUACGAGAACAAGGCCAUCUCACUUAUGAUUGACCUUGCCACCGAUGUGUGCGCAAGCGUUCCGUUUCAUCUAGGCACACUAAGUCCAGCAGACGAGGAUAUUAUUUAUCCCUCCCAAGAAGACGAUGAGGGGGACGCUAUUCACCGCCAAGUAGCACCGAUACAUGGAUGGUUUUUAAUUGUCCUUCCGAUAAGUCGCCUCAUGCAGACCAGUUUCCUGCCUCCUGGGCAGUAUGCUUGGAUUGUGUCACAGUAUCAUCGUAUAUGUGACAUUAUUGCGCAUAAGCACCGGAUUCCGAGUCAAGACGUUGUUCGAAUUUUCGAAACAGCGAUUCCAGCUUUUGCCUCAGCUUUACCGAUCAACUCUCGACAUUUAAGGUAG